GGGACCGCUUUGCUAGUUCCGAAGUUUGUUAGUGGGUGAAAAAUCGGAAAAGGCCGACUUCAAGACUCGGAAAUCCAUAACAAUCUAGUUGUUUGGGCCAUAUUACACACUAUUUUUCUUAUCAGCAGGCUGUCAGUUUUAGUUUUGGUUACUUAAUUUGAAAUAGCAAAUACGGAUACUUCAGAAAUUCUGUUGAACACAUCUAAAGAUUGAUUUGGGUUCAAGGCUUGAAGUGCCAACAAGACAAUGUCAGAUCAGACAACGGAAACAGCCGAAAGUGAAGAAAUCAUGAACGGAAAAAUUGUUGUCGCCGGAAAGUGCAUCCCUAGCCUGGCUAGCAGGUUUCGUGGAUGCAUGCUUGGUUCUUUGAUUGGUGACUGUCUGGGGCAACCAUUUGAAGGGGAAGAGAGACCAAUCUCAAAGUCGGUUUUGAAUUCAUAUUUUGAAAAAUUACAUGACUCUAACUUAAAAGCACCUUAUAAAGCCUAUACUGAUGACACAGCUAUGACAUUCUCAGUCGCUCAAUCGUUGAUCAACAAGAACAGAUUUGAUCCUCAAGACAUGGCAAAAAAGUUUGUUGAUGAAUUUUAUGCUCAUCCUCGAAGAGGAUAUGCAAGCUCCAUGACAGAUGUAUUCAAAGCUCUUAAACGAGAUGACUGCAAGGACCCUUAUGGUCCUGGUAGACUUCUUUAUGCUGGUCGCGGUUCAUACGGAAAUGGGUCGGCCAUGAGAAUCGCCCCAGUGGCUCUAUUUUGCCAUUCAAAUGCAGAAGAAGCCAUGCAUAUAGCAUACAAAUCAUCUUUGAUUACUCAUGCAAAUGAAUUAGGAUACAAUGGUGCCAUACUCCAAUGCUUGGCUAUUCAAAAAGCAUUGCACACAGAUUCCUCUGUUCCACUAGAUGUGGACCAAUUCGCCCUUUACCUGCAGGAGAAGAUGGCCACAAUAGAAAAGAAUGAAGAGCAGCCAAGUAUGCUGAAUUCAUUUCUUCAUCACAGUAGUCAGCCCCGCCGCACGACGAUCAACAUGACUAAAAGUUCUUACGUUCGCAAGCUACAAGAGAUGCGUCAUUUGCUGAAGAACCCUACAGUCAGUGCCGAAAAAGUUGUCGACGUGUUAGGUCACUUCGUAUCAGCCUAUGGCUCAGUCUGCACUGCUAUUUACAGCUUUCUCCGCUCAGUCAAAGAUGAUUCGGCGAGUGCUGGUGGAUCCAGUGAAAGUCCUGUCCAGAGAGCCAUCCGUUACGCUAUCAGCUUGGGUGGGGAUACAGAUACAAUUGCCAACAUGACGGGUGCACUUGCUGGUGCCUAUUACGGCCAUGAGGCCGUUCCGCCAGCUCUUCUUUCCCACUGUGAAGCUGAAGGUGUCGAGCAAGCGAUUGAACUGGCUGACUGUCUUUACCAAUGUGUGGAAAAAUAGCUCAAUGACUAUAAAACAA